AAUUAAAAUAUAAUUUAAAAAAAAAUACAAAAUAAGUAACCUUGCUUUCUUUAAUACAACCAAUCAUAUUACACGAUAAAUUAUUGAGACAUGGAUUUCUUUCUAUAUAUGAAGUGGAGGACCAAGUCACAUUUCACAGCCAAAAGUGGAAUUAGGAAGUUAAAUCGGGUAACUGCCACGUGUCAUAUGCUUUCACUUGGUAAAUCUCCAUGCAUAAUGCCACGUAACCCCCCACUCUGACUCUUUCACCAUCUCAUACCUCUCUACUCUAAAUCGAUCUCCUUAAUUCCUCUCUAAUUGUCAGUUUCUACAAAUAUAAUCCAUUCAUUAACUCCAUUCGAUUUCUGAUUAGGAAAUCGAACGAAUGGUGAAGCUGGCGACGGCGCGUGAGAGCAGGAUGUACGGGUCACGCCGGAAUCGAGAGAGAUCUGAGUACACAAACGCAGGGCUUUACGUAUUCUCCACGAUUGUGCUAUUGUGUGGUUUCAUUGCACAGCUUUCUAGAGAGGCCAAAUCAGGAUUGGUGGUGCUAUUGAUCGGAUUAGGGUUGAUAAUAGUGGUGAAUAUACACGAUCUCUUCGCACAUCUUGCCGGCAUUGAUUACCAGAUGAGGCUGAUGGAGCUCGACACGCAGCUUCUGCUAGUGGAAGUGGCGGUGCCCGUCGUUCAGGCGGUCGGAGGUCUUCUCUUCUUCAUCGCAAUUCUGUUUCUCGUCCUCCAGGCAGAUAGAGGAUUCGGUUAUGAUAGGAUUGAGGUUCAUGCUCUAAACCUGCUUAUAGCCAGCACUUCCUUAUGGCUCCUCGGCUCCAUCCAUAAUUCGUGCCAAAUUUACGAGCACGCAGAUGCCCGCAUUCAAAUCUUGCAACAAAGCGUCCACAUCCCCUUCUUGGUCGCCAGCUUGUUGUUCUUAGCCGGAGCCAUUCUCAAUUUCCAACAGCAACUUGGGCAUCACCAUCAUGGGUUGCAUUUGUUGACAUAUAGUUGGGUGUGGAUUGGGAUCAUCGCAAGCUCGUUAUUAGUCAUUGGGGGAUUAACCAACGUCGUUAAAGUGAUCAAGAUGUUACAAGUGGACGGAAUACGGUUGGAGAAACUACGCGGUGGAGCACAAGAACGGCUCAUCGAAGAACUAGAAGAAAAAGGGGAAACACCAUUUCUUAUAGAAGAAGGACAAAGGAGACAGACACGACCCCUAGAUUCACCUCCCUUAUGUUCUUGUUAGUCGAACCUAAACCAUUCUUUGCCUAUUUGGUCAUCUAGAUGCGUUGAUUCCAGUAGAUAGAUAGAUGGAUGUAAUUUUAGAUUUCAAAUGAAGACAAAUGCGUAA